UAGAAGUAGAUCAAUGUGGGAAUUUCAAAACUGAUUUGUGUAGCGGGUUAAUAUCCUCAGACCGUUUACUUGCGGUUCAGGUUUCCAGAUUGUUUUCAUCUGAGAUUCUUGCUAUUGCUGAUUGUUAUCUGUCAUUUUUAUUGCGAAAAGUGACUACAUUGUGGGCGCUUGCUAGGUCAUCGACUGAUUUUUCCAGCUCCACUUACUCGCUACCCUUGUACACGAAGCACCUAAUAGGAGGACAACCGCUACACAAGCGAACAACUGCGCUAGAUGAUAUUAGCUUAACAUAUCGGGCCACUAAAUUUUAAAGUUUUGCACCCGCAUAUUGCUAAUUAUCUGUCCUUAAGGUUCGCUUAUUUCUUCUAUUGUCAAAGGAUCAUGUAUCAUAAUGCAGCUGACAACCAAUGAUUAUCUUUAAUUUGAACAAGAAGCAUGACACACACAGUUUGUACUCAUCUGAAACCCUCACUGUCUGUUCGGACUCGGGCUUUAACUAGUAAAUCUCACACUAGAUUAUCCAGUAAACAGUCUGUAUUAUCUGAUUCUCUAAAUCUGCGGUUGCGUCAUCAAAACAAGAAUGUAGAAAGAAAAAACCACUACAGACAUCGUCAAAUUUUUUUAAACAGGGAUGAAUGUUUACCUAAGCCCAAAUCACCUAUAGAAGACAGUCUUAAUGAGCAAUCUGUGAUCAAUUCGGUUCAAGAUACCUCUUCUGUUUCAUCUGCAUCCUGUGACCCCAAUGGUGUUCCCUCCAUUUGUAAGUGGAAGGGUUGUAAAUGUGUUGACAUUGAAAGGACUCAGUUAGUUAAUCACAUCCAGCAAACCCAUGUCGUCCCACAAUUAUCCAGUCGUCGGAAAUAUUUUAGUUGUUUGUGGCAGGAUUGUCGGGUGUUUGGAAGACCUAGUGUUUCGGCUGCAUGGUUGGAACAACAUAUACUUCAUCAUACGGAUGCCAAAGGGAAACCUUUUAGAUGCAUUUUUGACGCAUGCACAUUGCGAUUUUCUACUUCCACAUUGUUAGAACGUCAUGUUCAGCGGACACAUAUGCGCACAAAUCGGAUUAGUAGUGAUUCCUUAUCCAAAAUAUCAUCGACUGACAAGAAUACACUUUGUCAGCCACAUCCGAAAGAAAUAGCUACUUUACAGAACUCAAUAAAGAAAUCUGCUUCACUGUCUAUGAAAAAGAAUCUGCGCAGACGUAAGAAACCGAGAACUUACCGAGUUCGUCGCUUGGAUUUUUAUGAUUAUAGAAGUCAAAUACUAGUUAAAAACCAGUUAAAGAUUUCAUAUCUUCUGAAUAAGGAGCUCACAACAAAAUAUAAACACGAACGAUCUCGCAUCUUACCACUCGAUUUUUGCAAAUUACCUUCAAAAAUUUAUGAAAAACCUGCAAAUCCGCGUGUACGUCCGAGUGUUAAUCCAUCAAACAUCAUGGUUAAGGAAUCAGCCCUCCCAUCAUUGUUAAGGAAUACAAAAGAUAUUCAUCAGCACAUAUCAUUGCUGUUAACAACUCCUCAUACGUUCGUUGGUCAACGUGUUUCUCUGGAUCAUCGAUCUGAAUUUCUCGUGCGUUGGAUUGGCGGGUGUGGACAUAGUGUUGUCCCGCCCACAUGGAUAUUCGAAGAGGAACUUAAUAUGGCAGCUCAUCUGGAAAGCAUUUUGUGAAAUGUGCAAUAAUGCUAUCUCGGUUCAUGCCACAGCAACCCGAAUUUUUUCAGACAGCUUUCUGCUGAUUGUGGCAUUUUGCUUUUAGUCCCAACAGAUGAACAGCAAUAUACGGGCUUUCGAUUUUCUGUUGCGCUUAUCAUCUAAUAUAUUGCGCUCAGCUGUGAAAACUGUUUAUAUCAUUUUAAUCAACUUACUUUAUCAGUUCUUCUUUGCUAGUGUUUGUUUACUUAUUUACCUUUCAUCAGUUUUCAUGUUCGUAUAGCUUACCUACCUACUAACUUAAUUGUUUAUAUUUACGAUCAUGUGUAAUGCAUUUUAUGCCUUUGCUCAAUCUAGGUGACAUAAACGUAUUUAUUAUGAUGUUAGGAUUUUCCAAUUGUAGGCAUUCUUUAGAAUAUAUGUGAUGUAGUUCAUUAAUCCUGUGCUUAAUUUCGGUUACCGAAGGUUUAGUCAGACCAAGAUUUGUAAAAUGUGUACUCUAAACACAGCAGUACUUCAUGUGUCUACUAUCUCACUUUUUUUUUUCAAGAUCAUAGAAACUAGGCAUCGAUUUAUGUUUUAUGAGAAUGUUCUUUACGUCAUUCGUAUCACUGAAC